AUGAACAAGAAAGGCAAGAUCUCUGCUGUCAUGAUGCUUAUAAUCUUUGGAGAGGAUGUCUUAGAAGAAGAGAAACCCCCAAAGAAGAGCCGUCUCUCAAAAGUCUCACAAAGAAAGAGGAAGAGAGGCCGCAGUGAUCCUGGAAGACCAGCAGAUGGUCCAGCAAAAAUGAAAGUGGCCAAGGUGACUGUUAAGUCUGAAAACCUCAUGUGCAUAAAGGAUGAAGCCCUCAGUGACAGGAAAGAUUUCAGGGACUUGCCAAAUGACCUUAAGAAGGCACACCGUCCAAACAGGGAGGCUGCUGUGGACAAGGGCAGCGAUGAAGAAAGUGAAGAUGAUUGGGAAGAGGUCGAAGAACUUAGUGAGCCUGUGCUGGGUGAGACCAGAGAAAAUGCAGCCUUCUCUCAAUCUGUUCUGCCUGUGAAGCCAGUGGAGAUAGAAAUCGAAACACCGGAGCAGGCAAAAACAAGAGAAAGAAGCGAGAGGAUGAAAAUGGAGUUUGAGACACAUCUUCGGAGGUUGAUGAAGCGUUUCAAUAAAGAAGUCCAUGAGGACACUCAUAAGGUGCACCUUUUGUGCCUGCUAGCAAAUGGCUUCUAUCAAAAUAGCAUCUGUAGCCAGCCAGAUCUGUGUGCUAUUGGCCUCUCCAUCAUCCCAACUCGCUUCACCAAAGUGCCUCCUCGAGAUGUGGACACCUACUACCUCUCAAACCUGGUGAAAUGGUUCAUCGGAACAUUUACAGUUAAUGCAGACCUUUCAGUCAAUGAGCAAGACAGCCUCCAGACCACAUUGGAAAGGAGAUUUGCCAUUUAUUCUGCACGAGAUGAGGGAGAACUCGUCCAUAUAUUUUUACUGAUUCUCCGGGCUUUGCAGCUCUUGACCCGACUGGUCUUGUCUCUACAGCCAAUUCCACUGAGGUCAUCAGCAGCAAAGGGAAAGAAACCUUCCAAGGAGAAAUUCACAGGGGGUUCUGGAUGCUCUUCAGAAACUUCUACCCAAGUUCCAGAAAAACACACCAAACCAAAGACUAGCAAAGGACCCAAACAAGAAGAAACCUUUUCUAAGGGCACUGACAAUCCAAGUGUUAAAGGAAAGAAGAGCAAGGCAGCUUCAGGCAGAAAGAAACGGAGGGAUCCCUCCUCCAGUGAGGAAGAAGAGGGCAGGUGGGGAGAGCAGGAGGAGGAAACUCGGAAACUGCCGCGUGGCCGGGAGCGGCGGGUGGCCUCCAGGGUGUCUUAUAAAGAGGAGAGUGGCAGUGAUGAGGCCGGCAGUGGCUCUAACUUUGAGCUCUCCAGUGGGGAAGCCUAUGAUUCCUCUGAUGAGAGUUCUGAACCUGGUCUUUCAAGGCAGAAGAUGGCCCCAGCUCCUCAAAGGACCAAGGCUGGGUCCAAGAGUGACUCUAAGACCCAACGUGGAAAUCACCGUAAACACCCAUGCAUUUCAGCAGCAUCCUCAAGCUCUUCAAGCAGUAAGAGAGGCAAGAACAUUUCCAGUGACAUUGAGGAGGCAGGAAGAGGGAAAGCGGCGGCAGGUGUUGACCAGUGGCUGGAGGUGUUCUGUGAGCCCGAGGAGAAGUGGGUGUGUGUGGACUGUGUGCACGGCGUGGUGGGCCAGCCUCUGACCUGUUACAGGUAUGCCACCAAGCCCAUGACCUAUGUAGUGGGCAUUGACAGUGAUGGCUGGGUCCGAGAUGUCACACAGAGGUACGACCCAGCCUGGAUGACAGCAACCCGAAAGGUCCGGGUUGAUGCUGAGUGGUGGGCCGAAACCUUGAGACCAUACCAGAGCCCAUUUAUGGAAAGGGAGAAGAAAGAAGACUUGGAGUUUCACGCAAAGCACCUGGACCAGCCUUUGCCCACUGCUAUUGGCUUAUAUAAGAACCAUCCUCUGUAUGCUCUGAAGCGGCAUCUCCUGAAAUAUGAGGCCAUCUAUCCUGAGACAGCUGCGAUCCUUGGGUAUUGUCGAGGAGAAGCUGUCUACUCCAGGGAUUGUGUGCAUACCCUGCACUCCAGGGAUACGUGGCUGAAAAAAGCAAGAGUGGUGAGGCUUGGAGAAGUGCCCUACAAGAUGGUGAAAGGCUUUUCCAACCGCGCCCGGAAAGCCCGACUUGCUGAGCCCCAGCUGCAGGACUAUCAUGACCUGGGCCUGUUUGGCCACUGGCAGACAGAGCAGUAUCAGCCUCCCGUGGCCGUGGAUGGGAAGGUGCCCCGGAAUGAAUUUGGGAAUGUGUACCUCUUCCGGCCCUGCAUGAUGCCUGUUGGCUGUGUCCAGCUGAACCUGCCCAAUCUACACCGUGUGGCCCGCAAGCUAGACAUCGACUGUGUCCCGGCCAUCACCGGCUUUGAUUUCCAUGGAGGCUACUCCCAUCCUGUAUCUGAGGGGUACAUUAUUUGCGAGGAAUUCAAAGAUGUGCUCCUGACCGCCUGGGAAAAUGAGCAGGCACUCAUUGAAAAGAAGGAGAAGGAGAAAAGGGAGAAGCGGGCUCUGGGGAACUGGAAGCUGCUGGUCAAAGGACUGCUCAUCAGGGAGAGGCUGAAGCUUCGUUAUGGGCCCAAGAGUGAGGCAGUAGCUCCCCAUGCGGAUGCAGGUGGACUCUCUUCUGAUGAAGAAGAAGGGACCAGCUCUCAAGCAGAAGUGGCCAGGAUCCUGGCUGUCUCCUGGCCUCAAAACCGAGAAUCUGAAGAAAAGCAGAAGCUGAAGUGCCCCAAGAAGACCAAAAAGGAAAAGAAAGCAGCAGCUUCCCAUCUGUUCCCGUUUGAGAAGCCAUGAUCUGAGCACCCACCUGGUUGUUGCUUUGCUUCUGCAGAGCCACGCCUGCCCUGGGGGUGCCCAGGCCCACUGGUGGUGUCCCCUCUGCUGAGAAGGCAAACAGGAGCAGUGCGCACUGCAGAUGUGGGCUGGGCCAAGGUGCUGUGAGUCUGGUGUGUCCCUAGCCCUUGUCACACUCACCUAGGGUAGGCUUCCAAACCUUUUUGCUACCAAAGCCCACUGUAGAGCAGAACACUUCCCCGGGAGACACAUUCCUGUCUCCUGGACCUGUUCUUCCCCUCUUUGGGAAUGGGGUCAGUUUUUUUAAUAGAAACCACUGGGAAAUUUUUGGAUGAUGGUGCAUGUAGAAAUGCACCAGUACUUUCUUCCAGUUAGUCUUCAUCUGUCAGACACUUGUGCUGUCGCCUCUCUUGCAGACUUAGGACCCUUUCUCUGCAGGCUACUUACUAAUGCUAAUACUGCCUAAGGCUGCCUCUUUGUGGUAGGGGAGAGAGCAAAUGACAAAUACAGGUCAUCUCAGACACGGUUUUGUUGGAGUCUUUUUUGAAAUAAUAAUUUGUGGUGGCAGAAGACUACAACAGAGAGCUAAAAUCAGGAAAGACACUAAUUGAGAACUAAGAACAUGUUAGAGGAUCAGUGUUAUUACUGGAUAAAUUUACAAAGAUCUAUGCACUGUAGAUGUUCAGGAGAAAUAACUUUUAUAACAUUUUGAGAGAAAAAUAAAGCAUUUAUCUAAAAAGA